CUCAAACAAGGAACAGAUAGCUUCAUUUUGAGUCUUGCUACUGGUUACUGUAACGUAGCACCAUUAUAUGACGUCAUAAUGUUCCGCCGACCAUCUGCUAACCAUACCUAGUGACCAUAUCAUUCACCACAUGUGCCUGUUUAACCUGCGAACAGGCCAUACUCAAAUCAUUGGACUUUUCACAACCGUGCAUGCAGUGAGUGUUCAGUAUUUUUUGGAUAAAAAUCUAUUUUAAAAAACGUAGAAUGGCUCAGAUUUUAAAAGGGUCCGAAGUGGCAAAAGACAUUCGUGCCAAACUGAAAGUCAUUGUUGAUGAAACAAGAGAAAAUUAUCCUGAAUUCAAUCCAUGUUUGGCCAUAGUUCAGAUUGGUGGUCGUGCUGACUCAACCUCUUACAUCAGGGCAAAGUCAAAAGCUGCAAAUGAGAUUGGAAUGGUUGCAAAACAUGUUCAAUUGUCAAAUACUGCAACUGAACAAGAGGUUUUGAAGAAAGUGGAUGAGCUAAAUAAAGAUCCAAAUGUUCAUGGAAUUAUUGUGCAACUACCACCAGAUUCAUCUGAGCCUAUUGAUCCUUCUGCUUGCACAAAUGCUGUUGCACCUGAAAAGGAUGUUGAUGGUCUUAAUGAUGUGAAUGCUGGACGACUUGCAAGAGGCCAGCUGAAUGAUUGCAUCAUUCCUUGUACACCCAGAGGUUGUCUGGAAUUGAUCAAAAGGACUGGAAUUGAAGUGCAAGGAAAGAAAGCAAUCGUGCUUGGGCGAAGUAAAAUUGUGGGUGCUCCAAUGUCCAAUGUUCUAACAUUCAAUCAUGCAACAGUUACAGUUUGUCAUUCAAAAACUAAAAAUCUUCCUGAUGUGGUUCGUGAAGGAGAGAUUGUUGUUGUUGCAAUUGGUAGUCCACAUUUUGUAAAAAGUGACUGGAUACAAGAUGGUGCUGUUGUUAUUGACUGUGGCAUCAAUGCUAUUCCAGAUUCUAGCAAGAAAAGUGGGCAUCGUUUAGUUGGCGAUGUUGACUAUGCUGAGGCCUCAAAAAAAGCUGGGUGGAUCACUCCAGUUCCUGGUGGUGUUGGUCCAAUGACUGUGGCAAUGUUGAUGCAAAACACUGUGGAAAGUGCUAAAAAGAUGAUCCUCAAACAAAAGGCUGGUUUGUGGGAAAUAAAGUUUUUGCCACUCAAUAUUUUGAGGCCUGUUCCAAGUGAUAUUGAAAUUUCCAAAGCACAAGAUCCUAAAAAUAUUCAACAGUUGGCGAGUGAAAUUGGUAUUCAGAAACACGAGUUGGAGUUGUAUGGUACAAAAAAAUGCAAAGUGUCGCUUUCAGUUGUUGAACGUCUUAAAAAUGAAUCUGUUGGAAAAUAUGUCGUAAUUGCCGGAAUUACUCCAACCCCCCUGGGAGAGGGGAAGAGUACAACUACCAUCGGUAUUUCCCAGGCAAUGUCCGCUCAUUUGAAGAAGAACACCUUUGCUUGUAUUCGUCAGCCUUCGCAAGGACCUAUCUUUGGAAUAAAAGGUGGAGCUGCUGGCGGUGGUUACUCUCAAGUCAUCCCAAUGGAGGAGUUCAAUCUUCAUUUAACUGGCGACAUCCACGCCAUAACUGCUGCAAACAAUCUUGUAGCUGCAGCAAUUGAUACCAGAAUAUUUCACGAGUCCACCCAAAGUGACGAGGCAUUAUUUAAUAGACUCGUUCCAGCCAAAGAUGGCAAGAGGAGAUUUUCAGACAUUAUGAUGAGAAGAUUAAAGAGACUUGGUAUCGAUAAAACAAACCCUGAUGAACUGACGGCUGAAGAAGCUGGAAAAUUUGCAAGACUCGACAUAGACCCAGAAAGCAUUACUUGGCAAAGAGUGAUGGACACAAACGACAGAUUCCUCCGACAGAUUACCAUUGGUCAGUCGCCCACAGAGAAAGGCAGAACUCGUGUUUGCCAAUUUGAUAUUUCUGUGGCGAGUGAGAUUAUGGCGAUCUUGGCGCUGGCAAAAAAUCUUGAAGACAUGAAGCAAAGAUUUGGGAAGAUGGUAGUAGCUUGUGAUAAGAAAGGGCAAGCAGUGACAGCUGAUGAUUUGGGUGUCACAGGGGCGGUUACUGUGUUGAUGAAGGAUACAAUUAAACCAAACUUGAUGCAGACUUUGGAGGGUUCCCCCGUGUUUGUUCACGCUGGUCCAUUUGCCAAUAUUGCUCAUGGAAAUUCCUCGAUUAUCGCAGACAGAAUAGCGCUAAAACUCGUGGGAAAGGAUGGUUUUGUCUUCACUGAGGCGGGAUUUGGAGCAGAUAUUGGGAUGGAAAAGUUUUUUAAUAUCAAGUGUAGAUAUAGUGGUCUUGUUCCAAACUGUGUUGUUCUUGUGGCAACUAUUCGAGCUAUUAAAAUGCACGGCGGAGGUCCUAAGGUGGUUGCAGGCAGACCUCUCGCUGACGUGUAUGUUGAGGAGAAUGUCGAUCUUGUAAAAAAUGGAUUUUCAAACCUUGCCAAGCAAAUUGAGAAUGCUAUGUUCUUUGGCGUUCCAGUUGUGGUGGCUGUUAACCGUUUCAAGACAGAUACGGACGCUGAAAUUGAGUUACUUAUCAAACUGUGUAAAGAGGCUGGCGCCUUUGAUGCUGUAGCUUCAACCCACUGGGCUGAUGGAGGUGCUGGAGCAGUGAAGUUGGCCGAAGCUGUUAUCAAAGCAACCGAACAACCGGUUGAGUUCAAAUUUCUUUAUGAUUUACAGCUGCCAAUUGAAAAGAAGAUUGAAACAAUCGCUCAGAAAAUCUAUGGUGCUGAUGGAGUAGAGUUUUCAGAGGAAGCCAAGAAAAGGAUCAAUCUAUUUAGAAGCCAAGGAUUCAAUGAUCUGCCAAUUUGUAUGGCAAAGACGCAUUUAUCUUUGUCACACAAUGCUGACGUAAAAGGAGCGCCAAAAGGAUUUACUCUUCCAAUCCGCGAUGUUCGAGCAAGCGUUGGAGCAGGCUUUUUGUUUCCACUGGUGGGCACGAUGAGCACAAUGCCAGGGCUUCCAACCAGACCAUGUUUCUACGAUGUAGACUUAAACACAGAGACAGAAGACGUUCUGGGGUUGUUCUAGACAAAGAAAAAGCCUGCAUAGAACAAUUUAAUUUGAAUAGAUUCAAUUAAGUUUGCUCUUCUCCAAAACUGAAUUGAUUAUAUGAUUAGAACAUUAAUUUAUGACUAGAUUUACAAAAAUUUAUAUCUUUGAAAGAUUACACAUAUUCGUUAAAAAAAUCCAGUUUUUCGAUAGCUGAUUGCAAUCGUGUUAGGAUUUGAUUGCAUGCAAAUCACACACGCACACGUCAGUAAGUACAAUAACCUUAUAUUGUCGAGGUCGAUCUGCGCCUGAGGCUAUAGUUGUUUUUUCUCCUAAACCUUGGUAAUUCACUAGCUGUAUUUUGUUUUAAUAUGUCGUACCCAAUAUGGACAGCGCUGUACCACGUAUGAACAACGAAUAACAGCAAAUAACGACUUUUUUUAAACGAAUUGGGACAUACGAAAACAAGUCAUUAGCUGUAUUUCCGGCUGUUUAUCAUCGCCUCUUUUUGUCAGUGUAGUCAUUGAAGGAGAAAAUUAUUUCAGAUACUGAAAUUAAUUUUACUAAUGGCAACCUGACUUCUACUAACUGUAUUUGUUGUAGGCUACUUUUAUGUCAUUUCUUUCAAGUUUUGGUACAGGUCUUUCAAAAACUCUCGAGCAGUUGAAUUUCACGUUAAGAGAAUGGCCAGUAAUCACUUCACACAUUUAGCAGAAGCUGAAGAAAGACUCGGCGGCCAACAAUUAAAUAGAACAAAUGAAGUGACCAAGACCAGGAAGGAAAUAUUUGAAAUGACGUGUUUUGCAAUAUUCUCUGAAGGUAUUUGCUUUCGUUGUGAACGACCCUACGAGUGAUGCAUUUUCUGUUGUGGACGGAGUGAUGAUUGAUGAUGCAUUCCAAUGUUUAUAUUUGGAUCCAGGCUGUCACUUGAAGCUCAGUUGGGAGUCAGAGAAAUUGUGUACCUGGAGGAACGAGUCGCUCUUCUAACAAGAGAAAGGAUCGCAGUGGAUCUAUAAUAUAUUCUCUAACACUUAUUCAGCGAAAUCCGGUUUCUUUUUACAAUAAUAUAGUAAAAGUCAGAUUCGAGGAGUAAUUAAAAA